CCUGUUGUUUCUCACUUGAAUAAAACAGAGAGUAUUGCUUCACGUUCUCUCCGGCUGUAAUACUCACCUAAACUCCUUUGCCUCCACUUCCGAGGCUUCUGGGGAUUAUUCUUCACUUUCACUAAAGGAGACUCAGCUCUAAUAUGGUGGAGGGGUUGUUAAUGAACCAAAAAAAAAAAACUACCAGCGAAAGGAAAGGACCAUCGGGGGAAAUUUGUGGAGCGUGCAUCGUUGGAGGAACGAGAGUUAGGAAUAGUUUACGGCUCAGAGUGCACCCUACCCCCAAAUAGUGCCUCACUUUGCAGUCUAACAAAUUUUACCCGACCUAUAAAAGCCCGGUUAAGGUGGAGCCUGACCUCCCACUCAUACUGAAAGAAGUCUAGUUUCGUCAGUUAUUUUUCAUUUCCAUCCAGCUGAGAGUCUUUUAAGUGGAGCUUAACACAUCUGGAGGGACGUGUUCGAUUGGGCUGAAAAAAACUUCACCAUGCUUCAACAACCGAUGCCAGAAGAGAUGAUCUUAUUCGACUGGUUAACAGAAAAUGGAAGCAAGGUUGCCUUGAAGCAUUUGGCUAAAGAAAAGAGGGGCACGUACCCCACAACUGGAACCCCUGCUGAUAUCUACGCUUGGUGGAUACAGUACAAAGAGGGUAAAAAGAAGAACAAAAUAGCAAUGAGCAUCAUGGCUUUUCACUAUCCCACAGUAGUCAUGCACCUGGACAGGUUCCGAAACAAAGCGCUACAGCUGGAGAAUACAACAAAGUCUCAAGAAGAAGAGAUCAAUUUGCUGAAGCGAAAACUCCUGCAAAAGGAAGCAGAAAACACGCAGUUAUUUAAUCAGAUGUCUGAAAUAUCCAGUGAGGUGUUACAGCUUAAGUCCAAGACAGACUCUCAAAAGAAACAAAUCACCUUGCUGAAGCAAAGAGUCCAGGUACAGGAAGCAGAAAAAGAGGACCUGAAAGACGAGAUUUCUAAUUAUAAAGCAACCCUAGAUGACUCCAAAAGUCUCUUAAGACGUCCACCGGUGGUGAUGUCCAGCUUGCAGAGAUCGCUUUUUUCUCUCCUUGCAGAACUUCCAGACUUAGAGUACGACAACUCCAACUAUGAGUUCUGGGCCAAGAUAAAGAGUUGGCUCCUCAAAGGAGAAGUGGCUCCUCAGAGUGUCUUUGAACUCGUCCAAAUAAAAUGCCCUCUGAAAGCUUGGCAGAUAAUUGCAGAGAAAUUCGUCAACAAAGCCUUGAAGGAUACAGACUUUUCCAACCAUGUGGAGACGGGAAGACAGUUGGAGAAGCUCUGGAAGUGCGUCUCGGAAGCUCUAGGGCCAGGUACCAAACUCUUUGAGAAGUACUACUACCGGAAGCAGGAAGCUGGCGAAACAUUUGAGACCUAUAUUCAAGAGAAGUUUAAGCUGUACUGUUCCUUCGGGGUGGACAACACAGAGCCGGACAGGAACGACCUGCAUUUUCUCUAUAAUGUCAUAGAGAAAGCCGCAAAGAGCUAUCAGACCUUAGGGUUCACGUGUCCCAAAAGCUACGCCGACUUGCUGGCUAGGUCCAUGCUUGUUGACAGGAUGCUAAUGGCAGCAGAGUGGAAUAACAAGUGCAGGAAUUGUUGCAGGGAAGGCCACACUAUAGCUAAGUGCAGGAGACCUGGAGGGGAAGCAGAGGUCGGACCGAACGAGUGCUAUACAUGUGGGAUGUAUGGUCACUGGGCCAGGGAAUGCUCGACAAUCUGCUAAACUACAAUUCCUGCAUGUUACUAUCCUUCGUUCACUUGUAAAUAUUUAUCUUCUGUCACCAUUCAACCAUAUACUCUUUAAAAAAAGUGAUCUUAAUAUCCACAUAUAAAUUACAUUUUCUGCAUUGAUGUAUCUGACAAAUGAGAUAUUUAUUGAUAUAUUUUUAUAUACAUAAAAAUCAAGUAUUACAUAACUGAUAUAUGUAACUGAUAUACUGUCCAAUCAACAGCCACCUGGUGGUCUAACCAGGAGCUAACCCAGGAAGCUAACCCAGGCACUAAAGAGUUAACCCUCAGUGCCAGUCCCAAGCCUGGAUAAAGGGGGAGGGUUGUGUCAGGAAGGGCAUCCGGCGUAAAAAAAAACCUGUGCCAAAUCAAAAAAAAAAAUGUGGACCAAAUGAUCCGCUGUGGUGACCCUGGACAGGGAGUAGCCGAAAGAACAACAACAACAUAUUGUCCAUUCAACCAUUCUGCCAAUACUGCAAAUUAUAAACUUUGAGUCUUUUACCUGCUUAUCGAUCUGUAUUUUAUGAUGAUGAACACUUUCAAUAGUCCUUGGUUUUAGCAAACGAGCAUUUAGUAAUUUAUCAGAUAUUUUUACUGCUUUGUAGACUGAAAUAUUUACCUGCUCUCAAUAUAUAGCAUUCACUGUUUUAUUUUUGUAUCUCUUGUAUGUCUAGUGUGUAGCAAAUAAA